AUGACAAAGCCUUCAAACUUUCUCCAUAAACCUUCUCCCAUAAUUGAACAAAGACAAGAGAACAAGAACAUGAUGUGUUUAGAUAAGCAACUACAAAGACAAUUAUCCAAUAUUUCUAAUGAAGAUUACCAUGGAAACAAAUUUGCUUCAAUCCCUUUUGUGUGGGAAUCUCAACCAGGUACACCUAAACAUAGAUCAAAUGCUAAUUCUCUUCCUCCUCUUACUCCUCCACCCUCUUAUUUCCAAAAUGCUAACAAAAAACCAACUAAACCCAAAAAAAACUUUUUCUUGCAAACAUUCUUCCCCAAACGUGCUACUAAAAAAGGUUGUGUUCUUGAUCCGUCUCCGACAUCCUCAAACUAUGUUUCUUAUUCUUCAUCGUCGUCUUCAUCAUCAUCAUCUUUGUCAUUAUCUUCGCCGAGGCCAACAUCUUAUUCGGUGCCAUCUUCUCCUAUGAUACAUUCGAGGAAAGGGGAAGAAGAUGAAGAUUCGUAUCAUGUUUCUCGAUCUAAUGUUACUUUUGGUAAUGGUAAUGUAAGAUCACAAGGGCGUUAUUCUUCCAUGUUCAAGAAGGUAUUGUUUGGAGAUUUAAUGUAA